AUCACAUACUGCCCCUUUAAGUAUCUAUCUACCUAUCUAUCUAUCAAGUCACGCAAAAAAUGACUUUCAUUGUGAGAAACCCAGGUCUGAUCCUCCAUGUGCUUCUCUGGUUACUUUCAAGAGGAGUGUUUAACAAGUGACGGCCCAUCCUGCAGUAUUUAUAGCUCAUCUAGCAGGGGGUACAGAUCUUCCCAAAGGGAAUUCUUGUACGAGCACGGUCACUUUCCUAAUAUAUCCGUCCCUCAACCCCCGCACUGCAGCAACACGGCCAACGCGCUGUUCAGAGUUUUACUGUGUUAAAGAGUUUUUUUGUGUUUAUGACCAGCACCAUGAUGAGGAGUACGGCCCCUGUAGAUACAGAGAUCGACCUCGGAGAUGACGGAGACAGCGAGGACAGUGAGGGACAGCAGCCCUGGAAGACACAGCUGGAGACGGUCAUGGAGGAAGAAGAAGAGGAGGAGGAAGAGGAGGAUAUGGUCUCGACGCAGAGCGACACGAGGCCUCUGAUCAACGAGAGAGAUCCGCGACAGAUGAACGAAUGCCUCAAGGUGAGUUUCGAGGACGUGAUAGCCGAGCCGCUCUCAGUGCGCACUGGAGACCGGGUGUGGUUCUGGAGCAACGCACUCUUCGAGGUGUCCCGGGUUUGGUUGUAUCGCAUCAUCACCGCAGUGCUCGCCGUCCCGUUCUCCAUCAUCGCUGGAGUUCUCUUCGCGUUCCUCACCUGCCUACACAUCUGGCUUCUCACUCCGUGUGUAAAGGUAAUCUUCAUGAACACCAGCUGGCUGGAGAUGCUAUGGACUAGCCUUCUGGAGAUCUUCAUCCUCCCUGUCUACCACAGCGUCUCCAAGUGCUGCACGAGCAUCAGUGUGCAACUCACACGUGUAUGAAAAACUCUCUCCUGGACCAUUUUUACUUAACAGGAGCUCCGGGAGCAGACACGGUCACCAGAUGUGACAGGACUCUAUGGAUUCACUCUAUUUUUUUUAUUAUUAUAAUUUUUUUUUUUACAAGGAAUGACCAGAUAGGACUGCUGUUAGAGUUUUGCUGGGGAAAAAAUACAUAAUGUCCAAUCAGGAUCAAAACAAGAAAAUGUCAUGAUCAUCCUGUACCUAUUGACAAUAUACUGCACUGUUUAAGGAGAUUUGCUAUUUUGUAAGUCACGGCUGAAAGCGUCAUCCAAUCCCACAAUGCACUGCAGCAGGCUGGUGUCCAAAAGGGUGAGUGUUAUUAGCAAUAUAGAACUUUAUAAUAAUUGAUAUUGUGCAUUGUGGUGGUGGUGAUAUCAUUUACACACCCUGAAAACUGAACACAAGUUCUUUUGGUCCCACUUUACAUUAAGUGUCUUUAAUACCUGUGUAAUUACACAUAUAGGAAAAUAUAAUGUAACUACAGAGAAUUUAUAUAUGAGAAUAUAUAAUAAAAUAGGCUAAAGAAUACCACUGUGUGACUGGUACAGUUAUAAGUGUGAUCAGUGUUAUGAAUAGCAGUAAAAGCACCAUUUACCGUCAACUUAUCAUUUAAAUAACAUUAAAGUUAAAUUUAUGAGUUCCACUGAAAAAGAUUUUUUAAAAAAAUACAUGCUAGUAAUAUGAUGGAAAGUAUCUCACCUUAUAAAACCAGAUCUACUGGGAAAAACACAUGAUUCUGAUUGGUUAAUCCUGUUCCUCACCAUAUUUGCUGGUGGCCAGUAAAAUGUGAUUAAACAAAGUGAGGGAUGAAAACACCUCAUCUUUAAGAAACCGUGAUUAUAUUUCAUGUAAACAUUUUUAUUUAUUUACCACAGUGAACAUCAUUCUUCGAUCAAAUUGUUGGAUAGCUACGUGCCAUAGUGAAACAGACCUAAGCCUAAGCAAAAAAGGUCAGUUGUAGCUCAUGCUAGCAGGUCUUUAAGGUCUUUACUUGGGUACUUUUACCACCUCGGGUUACAUUACAGUUGUGUAACUACACAGGUAUUUUUGUGGCACAAUAUAAACACGGGCCUUCAUUUUAAAUCCUUUCUUGUACUGUGGUAAGUUUUUCUUUCUUUUUUUUAACCUUAAAUCUGUAUGUUAUAAAAGAGAGCCAAGGCUUAUCCAUCCAUCUCUCGUCUUAAAUUCAAAUUGGGCGACGUGCUGCAUUUUAUCCCAGCUAUUGAACUAAUGAAGCACCUCUUGUUUGAAAAAAAGCACAAAUUAUUCGGCACUAUUCCAGGCCUGAUUAUUCGUAGCACACCAUUUUUAUGCUAAUGUGUGGCUAUUGAGCUGGGAGAGCUGGUCCAGUGGGUGGUUGUUGGUGGAUGCCUCCAUUUUUCUGCUGAUCUGAGGCCAGUUUUGACACUCUGACAAUGAGCGAGGCUUGAACACGAGAACAAAAAGGAACAACAUCAAUAUCAAGGCUCGUUUUAGGGACGCAGUGUCCUCCACUGCUGAAGAGAAAGACCGUGAUCGUGUAUUACACGUGCGGCUCUUCUGAACGGCACCCUCUAGUGGUGGGAAGAGGAUACUCGGUGAUUGUAGACUGACAGAGAUCGUAGACUCUAACAAUUUUUGUCAUAUAAAACCCAAGUCAAUAGAACCUGCCUUUCAAAACCUGCUGUUCAAACAGUGUUAUGGAGUUCGUGAUCUGAUUUAGACCAUCUGUCUCUCAGGGGUUUGGUCUACGUGCAUGGCAUUUGGAAAUGACUAUCAGGCCUCUAUAUUUAAUCACAGUUCCUUUGGGAUGUUGUGUAGUUGCCUGGC